AUGGUUCAGUGUUCUGUGGCCUUGGCUCCUGGCUCCACAGAAUGUGUUCUUCUUGCUGCCAUGGCUAUUGACCCCUAUGUUGCAGUCUGUUGGCCCAUUCUCUAUGCUACAAUCAUGCACCCAAAAAUCUGCCACCUUCUUGCACCCAUGUCCUGGUUUUCAUGGUUUACCAACUCUCUCCUUCAGUCUUCACUGGCCAUUGUUUUGCCUUCCUGUGGCUGCUGCCAUGUGGAGCAUUUCCUUUGUGAGGUCCUUGUCAUUAUCAAGCUGUCCUCUGUAGACACUGGUCAAACUGAGUUGAAAAUGCUAAUUGCUCACCUGAUCAUUCUUGCCAUUCCAGUCUGCAUCAUCCUUACCUCUCAUGUCUGCAUAGCCAUGGCUGUAGUGAGGAUGCACUCUGUUGAAGGAAGACAAAAUGCCUUUGGAACUUGUGCAUCCCACCUAAUGGUGGUCUCACUGUUUGAUGGAACAAUAAUGUUCGUGUAUCUUCAGCCUGAUAGUAACUAUUCCCAGAAUCAGGGGAAGAUCCUUGCCCUUGUUUAUACCAUUGUUGCCCUCACUGAACCCACUAAUUUAUAUUCUAAGGAACAAAGAUGUAAAGAGGGCAACUAG